AUGAGGAUCUCCAUCGCCGCCGUGCUCCUCGUCGUGCUGAUCAUCCCGUGUCUGCUCCACGGCACCGCGGACGCCGUCCGCCGGCCCACUUCCAUGCCCUUGUUCCCGGCCAUAUUCAGCUUCGGCGACUCGUACGCCGACACCGGCAACUUCGUCAGGCUCAUCUCGUCCAUCCCGUUCGGCAGCCCACCCUACGGCGAGACGUUCUUCGGCCACCCCACCGGCCGCGUCUGCAACGGUUGCCUCGUCGUCGACUUCGUCGCGGCUGCUGUGGGCUUGCCUUUCGUGCCGCCGUACCUAGCCGAGGGCCAGAACUUCAGCACGGGCGCGAACUUUGCGGUGAUCGGAGCGACGGCCCUGGACCUGGCCUACUACCAGCGGCAGAACAUCACCACGGUGCCUCCGUUCAACACCUCCCUCAGCGUCCAGCUCGGGUGGUUCGAGCAUCUCAGGCCGUCGCUGGGCAACGCCACCGCGCGCGGGCUGAUCCAGCACGGCACCAGGCGCAUCGUGGUGCCGUGGAACGUGCCCAUGGGCUGCUUACCAGUCAUCCUGACGCUGUACGCGAGCCCGGACCCGUCGGACUACGACCACUACGGGUGCCUGCACGAGUUCAACCGCCUGGCGCGCUACCACAACGAGCAGCUCCGGAGCCAGGUCCAGGCGCUCCGGAGCAGGCACCCGCGCGUCGCCAUCGCCUUCGCCGACUACUACCAGCCCGUCCUCGAGUUCCUCACGCCCCCGGCCCUCUUCGGUGAGAUCACCAUUCAACAUAACAUUCAAGGAUUCAACGGGAGCACGACGCUGGUGGUGUGCUGCGGCGCAGGCGCCGGCGGCGGCAGGUACAACUACAGCGUCGCGGCGGGGUGCGGCCGCCCCGGCGCGGCGACGGCGUGCGCCGACCCGUCUGCGGCGGUGAACUGGGACGGCAUCCACGUCACGGAGGCGGCGUACGGGGACAUCGCCGAGGCGUGGCUGCGGGGGCCGUCGGCGGAGCCGCCCAUAUUCGAGCGUUGA